AUGAAUGCUAUUGUUGCCCUCUGCCAUUUUUGUGAGCUCCACGGUCCUCGCACCCUCUUCUGCACAGAGGUUCUACACUCCCCGCUUCCCCAGGGCGCGAGCAGCGGGGACAUCGCUGGGCAGAAUGAGCAGGCAGAAGAGGAAGAAGGUGGCAUUCAGAUGAGCAGUCGGAUCCGCUCUCACAGCCCAGCAGAAGGUGCCAGCGCCGACUCCAGCAGCCCAGGGCCAAAGAAAUCAGACAUGUGUGAGGGUUGCCGCUCUCUUGCAGGAGGACAUCCUGGAUAUGUCAGCCACGACAAAGAAACUUCCAUCAAGUACGUCAGUCACCAGCACCCAAACCACCCCCAGCUGUUCAGCAUCGUGCGCCAGGCCUGCGUUCGCAGUCUGAGCUGUGAGGUAACUCAGGAAGCUUUGUUCAGUUUAUUACCAUUUCAGCUGUGUGACGUGCUUGACUACUUUGGUGUAUGUGUUCCUCCCCUUCAGGUCUGCCCAGGACGUGAAGGCCCUAUUUUUUUCGGAGAUGAACAGCAUGGUUUUGUGUUCAGCCACACCUUCUUUAUCAAAGACAGCCUGGCUCGAGGUUUCCAGCGCUGGUACAGCAUCAUCACUAUCAUGAUGGACCGGAUUUACCUCAUCAACUCCUGGCCUUUCUUGUUGGGAAAAAUCAGAGGCAUCAUUGAUGAGCUUCAGGGCAAAGCACUUAAGGUGUUUGAAGCAGAGCAGUAUGGGUGCCCUCAGCGUGCCCAGCGGAUGAACACAGCCUUCACUCCCUUCCUGCACCAGCGCAAUGGCAACGCAGCCCGCUCCUUAACAUCGCUGACCAACGAUGAAAACCUGUGGGCAUGUUUGCAUACUUCCUUUGCUUGGCUUUUGAAAGCUUGUGGCAGCCGACUUACAGAGAAGCUUCUGGAGGGAGCACCGACAGAAGACACCCUCGUUCAGAUGGAGAAACUUGCAGACCUGAAAGAAGAGUCAGAAGGCUGGGAUGGUUCUGAGGAAGAAGAGAAGCCUUCUUCCCAGCCAGAUGUUGUGGAAGGACAGGAGCUAUCUAAAUGCUCACCUGAAACAUCCCUGAUGCCAGAUUGCAACAGCUGGAAUGUAGCUCACAGAAGGUUGUCUGUCUUUCGUUCUCUCAGGCAUAUGAGACAGGUUCUUGGGGCAUCAGCAUUCCGUAUGCUGGCUUGGCAUGUUCUGAUGGGGAACCAGGUCAUCUGGAAAGCUCGAGAUGCAGAUCUUGUCCAGUCUGCUUUUGACGUGCUACGGACCAUGCUGCCUGUUGGUUGUGUGCGGAUCAUCCCCUACAGUGACCAGUAUGAAGAGGCAUAUCGGUGUAACUUCCUAGGGCUUAGCCCACACGUCCAAAUCCCAUCCCACAUAUUAUCAUCUGAGUUUGCUGUCCUUGUGGAAGUUCGCACCGCUACCCGGUCCAGCCUCUACCCAACUCUGUUUGAUGAUGAGCAGUCCCUCAACAAGUAUGAGUUUGUUGUCACCAGUGGUAGCCCUGUGGCAGCAGAUCGAGUUGGCCCUACAAUCCUGAACAAGAUUGAAGCUGCCCUGACCAACCAGAACCUUUCCGUAGACGUCGUGGAUCAGUGCCUUGUUUGCCUGAAGGAGGAAUGGAUGAAUAAAGUGAAGGUCCUCUUUAAGUUCACAAAAGUGGACAGCAGACCCAAGGAGGAUACCCAAAAACUGCUGAGCAUUCUGGGAGCUGCAGAGGAGGACAAUGUCAAGCUUCUCAAGUUUUGGAUGACUGGUCUGAGCAAGACAUACAAGUCCCACCUGAUGUCAACAGUUCGCAGCCCGACGUCCUCAGAGUCCCGGAACUAAAAGGUGCCCAAACCUCACUUGCUGCCUUCAAAUAAUCGCAGGGAACCCUGGGUUACCACUGCUGAGCCUGCAGCACGUGCAUUAGGCGGAUAGUGAAACUUCAUCACUAUUCUUCUGGUCCUCAAACUAACUUGAAGAGUGACUUGAGUCUUUUCUAAUUGCUGUGAGACUGGACUAGUAAGUGCUAAUAAAUAGUGCUGCUGUCUGGCCUGAAACUCAACUCUAAAUCUAGACCUCCACACUCAAGACUGAAAUACAGCAACACUCAAAGAAUCAGCGUGAAAUAAUUAAAAUCCCAUACUGUUCUAAUUAAGCAUUAUGAUGUGGCAGUAGGCCACAGUUUUAGAUUUCUUUGGUGAGACUCAGAUACCUGUGACAACAUCCAUAAUUCCUGGGAGUGGGUAUAGUUAAUCUCUCCAAAUCCUGUAUAAAUCUAAAUGGCUGAGAGAACAAGAACCAAAAA